AGUUCCGACAACUGUGUGAAUUCUUCAUACUUUGCUGAUCUAAUGUGAGAUUGAAAAACCAUUUAAGUGGAAGGCUUCACUUCCUAACAUACGUGUUCCAGUGAUCUGUAGCUGUUUUUGAUUAUACACACUAUCAGCCUCAAAGCAAAGCAGCAGUUCUUGUUAAUAGUCUGAGUUUAUCAGUCAAUAAUUACAGAUCUUUGUCAUCUUCAGAAACAGCAGUUUGUUGGCCAACCAGCAUUUCACAGCUCAAGCUCGUCACAGCUUCCUGUGUGGUGGGCAGUUAGUCAGUUUGUUCAGGAGGAGUGCACACUUACAGACUCUUCUGGCAGCUAAAUCAAAAGCAGAUCCAGUAAUCCAACAAUGUCGAAUCCAGUGGUCACCCAUCAACCAGGUGCAGGCAGCUAUGGGACAAAUGUCCAAACAGGAGAAUGGAGCACGGGCCUGUGCUCCUGUUGCAGUGACUUGUUUGUCUGUGCUCUUGGUUGCUUCUGUCCACUUAUAUUGAGCUGCUACACAGCAAAUAAGUAUGGAGAAAACUGCUGCUUGGGUUGUGUGCCAGGAGGUUCCACAGCCAUUAGGACUCACAUGAGACUGACUUAUGGUAUUCAGGGAACCAUAACCAAUGAUGCCUUGAUGACCUUUUUCUGCGGAUUGUGUGAGAUGUGCAGGAUGGCUCGAGAAAUCCGCAUCAGAAAUGGAGACAUUUCAUCUUAAGAAGGCUUAAAGGAUUCUGGUCUACAGUUGUUGUUUUUUUAUGAUGUCCAGCUAUUAUUAUUAUAUAAGUAAUUUGUUCAUUCCUGUAGCGGGCCUAGCUUUUGUGCAGAAAACAAAGAAUAUGCAGCUUGUUAAUUAUGCCAUUCAAAUGUUGAAAAAGUGCUA